AUGUUUUAUUUAAUGAAUAUAGGUUAUAGUAAUAAUUAUAUACGUAAAAAUAGCAAUAAAAUAACUAUUGACAAAAAUAAUCUUUUAGUUUCUUUAACAAAUUUAUUAAUCUUACAAAAUACUCAUAAUAAUUGUAAUAAUAAUUUUACUAAUCAAUUUGAAGAAUUAAUAAUGUUAAAUACUGGAACACAAAAUUCUAUAACAAAUGAAGGACAUGAAAUUUCUAAUUAUCCAUCCUUUUUAAAUAAUGUCCUAAUAAUGAAUACUAAAAAUAAUAAUGAAUUAUCUUUAGUACAAAAUAAGCAAAUACCAUUUAUAAUUUAUAACAAAUAUAAUUUAUCAAAAUACAAUUUCUUUACAUUUUUUUUUAAAUUUUGUUCAAAUAUAUCAUCUAAAUGUAUAAGAAUAUUAUAUAACAAUUACUUUUUAAAUUUGACUUAUGCUAUAUUUCAAUAA